AUCUCCGUGUGGCACUCCUCCCUCACUGACUCUCUCUCUAUCUCUCUCUUUCCUUACCACAUGGUAUCACUGUAGCCAUAUUGUAGACCAGGCUACAUUCAUCUUCUUUAAACUCACCUUCUAUCUUAUUAUUAUUCCUACAAUACGUGUGAAGAAGAGAAGAAGAGAAGGGGAAGAAUGUCGAAACGUGGAAGUUGUAACAAAGAGGACAAACUGACGAGGAUUGCCAUCGUGAGCAACGACAAAUGCAAACCCAAGAAAUGCCGGCAAGAAUGCAAGAAGAGCUGUCCUGUGGUCCGAAUGGAGAAACUGUGCAUAGAAGUGUGUCCCAGUGACAAAAUCGCCUACAUUUCUGAAGAAUUGUGUAUUGGAUGUGGUAUAUGUGCCAAGAAAUGUCCCUUCGAAGCGAUUACCAUUAUCAAUCUGCCGAGUAAUUUAGAGAAAGACACCACUCACAGGUACAGUGCCAAUUCAUUUAAACUUCAUCGUCUCCCGAUUCCUCGACCGGGAGAGGUUCUUGGUUUGGUCGGUACCAAUGGUAUUGGCAAAUCGACUGCUCUCAAGAUUUUAGCAGGUAAACAAAAACCGAAUUUAGGACGGUACAACGACCCUCCAGACUGGACGGACAUCUUAACGUAUUUUCGGGGUUCAGAAUUGCAAAACUAUUUCACCAAGAUUCUCGAAGACAACAUUAAAGCUAUUAUAAAGCCUCAAUACGUCGACCAAAUACCUAAGGCCGUUAAGGGUUCCAUUCAACAACUUUUGGAUAAAAAAGACGAAAGAGAAAACCAGGACGAAGUGUGUUGUCAGUUGGAUUUGACUCGGGUUCGAGAUCGGAACGUGGAGGAUCUGUCUGGCGGGGAACUGCAGAGGUUCGCUUGUGCCAUGGUAUGUAUUCAAAAGGCUGAUAUAUUUAUGUUUGAUGAACCGUCAAGUUAUUUAGAUGUGAAACAACGUCUAAAAGCUGCGCAAGCUAUCAGAUCUCUGAUUCACCCUGAUAAAUAUAUAAUCGUUGUUGAACAUGACUUGUCAGUGCUGGACUACCUCAGUGAUUUCAUCUGUUGUCUUUAUGGAGUACCCGGAGCAUAUGGUGUAGUCACCAUGCCGUUCAGUGUUCGAGAAGGUAUCAAUAUCUUUCUCGACGGAUUUGUUCCCACAGAGAAUUUACGUUUUCGCGAGACUUCUUUAACUUUUAAAGUGGCAGAGACUGCCAUGGAAGAAAUUGUGAAACGUUCGUGCCGUUAUGAUUACGGCAAUAUGGAGAAACGGUUAGGUAACCAUUUCCAUCUGACUAUCAAAGCAGGGCAGUUUUCGGAUUCUGAAAUCCUUGUCAUGUUGGGAGAAAACGGGACUGGUAAGACGACAUUUAUUAAGAUGUUGGCCGGUAGAUUACAACCCGAUUCUGGGGACUCCUUACCCAUGUUAAAUGUCAGUUAUAAACCUCAGAAAAUUAGUCCCAAACAUCAAGGGACUGUAAGACAGCUGCUUCAUGAAAAGAUUCGGGACUGUUAUGUACACCCCCAGUUUGUAGCCGAUGUAAUGAAACCAUUACAGAUUGAAAGUAUCAUUGAUCAAGAGGUACAGAAUUUAUCUGGUGGUGAAUUACAACGUGUUGCAUUGACUCUUUGUUUGGGGAAACCUGCCGAUGUCUACCUAAUUGAUGAACCGUCUGCCUACCUCGAUUCAGAACAACGUCUCCAUGCUGCCAAAGUCAUCAAACGUUUCAUUAUGCAUGCCAAAAGGACAGCUUUUGUUGUGGAACAUGACUUUAUUAUGGCAACUUAUCUGGCCGAUCGUGUGAUAGUGUUUGAAGGGAAACCUUCUGUGGACACUUUGGCGAAUUCACCGCAAUCCUUGUUGAAAGGUAUGAAUGAUUUUUUGCAAUCUUUGGAUAUUACUUUUAGAAGGGACCCAAAUAAUUUCAGACCAAGAAUUAACAAGUUGAACUCUGUCAAAGACGUGGAACAAAAGAAGAGUGGUAACUACUUUUUCCUGGAAGACUGAAGUAAUUCUUUGUUUCUGGACGAAAUUGUUCUGACUGACGAAUAACUAAAAACGGAAAGAUAUCCCCCCCCACCACGACAAAGAAUUUGAUUUAAAAAGGAAAAUUUAACAUUUCUGAAUAUAAAACUUGUAAUUAUAUCAGCUGUCGAUGCUUACAUUAAUUACCAAAGUGUGGACUGUAAGCUAAAAUCCCAGCUGUCUUGUUUUGGGGUUUUCUUCUGGAUCUGGACAUAACAGCAGGAAAAUAAUGUCAUUUUUACUGUACAUGUUUUGAUUUGGACGGAAAUAGACAUUAAAGUGAUGAGAUAUAAAAAAAAAAAGGAAGAAGGUCAAAUAUUUUGAA